UUCAACAAAAAUAAAAAGGGUAUUACACAAAUAGUUUAAAUGAUCGUAAAACAGUUGUUUAUUUAGUGCAAACAGACGGAAACGCCGAUAUGUCGAAAAUUUUGUUACGUUUGUCCAGUCGCUGUUUGGGUGAGGCUUGCGGGAAUGGCGGAGCAUUUAGUGGCAAAACUGGACUAUCCAGUCAUGGACGGUGGACAUUGCAAGGAUCCAUGAUGAGAAGGUUUGAGCACGCAUCUGGUCAGCAGGAUCCAAUGAAGGGCAAAGGGCCAAUCACGUGGAAGAGUUUUGCAUUUAUUGCCACCGCCGGUGUCGGUGUGCUCGGGUUCAUGUGGUACGUGAAAGACGAGAAGGAACAGGCGUUGAUGCGCGAACGAAAGCGGCAACUUGGUAAAGCGGCCAUUGGCGGAAAGUGGGACCUGGUGGAUUCCGAUGGUAACCCACGAAAGUCGGCCGAUUUUCUGGGCAAAUGGUUGCUCAUUUACUUCGGUUUCACGCACUGCCCGGACAUUUGCCCGGAUGAGCUGGAGAAGAUGUCGGCCGUCGUUGAUAACCUGGCGAAAGAGAAAGACGCCGACCCGGUGCAACCGAUCUUCAUCACAGUCGACCCACAACGGGACUCCAAAGAAAUCGUGGGGAAGUAUGUGAAGGAGUUCUCCCCGAAGCUGCUCGGCCUGACGGGCACGGUGGAACAGGUGGCACAGGUAUGUCGCGCAUUCCGUGUAUAUUUUAGCGCCGGCCCGAAAGACGAGGACAACGAUUACAUCGUAGAUCACACCAUCAUCAUGUACUUGGUCGAUCCAAACGGGGAAUUUGUUGAUUACUACGGGCAAAACCGCGAUAAGGAAUCGAUAAAGAAUUCCAUACUGAUCAACAUGCAGAAGUUUAAACAGAUGACCAAAACGUCGUGGUGGUAGCCCGCUUGGAGUGUACGAAACAGAGUAGUAGCGAAGGGGUUGAUAAAAUAUUUGUUAAGUUGAAUAAACUCGGCAGCGUGUCGGCAUUUUGC